AGCCUGGAGGGAAGUCUGUGCUUGGACUGUGUCUUCGAGUGAGUCUGGAGGCAUCCAGCAGUGAUUUUGAUGGUGGACUGCAAGCUCCAACAUGGACUGAUUUGAUCCAAGUCUUUGCAAAUAUGGCGAACGCAGACAGUGAAGUCAAGACGUUGCUAAAUUUUGUAAAUUUGGCAUCCAGCGAUAUCAAAGCAGCCUUGGACAAGUCAGCUCCGUGCAGACGCUCCGUGGAUCACAGGAAAUAUCUGCAGAAACAACUAAAGCGAUUCUCCCAGAAGUACUCCAGAGUCCCGAGGUGCCACACGCACAGGUCUGCUGAGUAUGGGUGCGCCAAACCGGUGGGGACUGUCCACCAGAGUGUGAAGGUCACAGAGAAGCCCGGUUUGGAUGCGCAAUGUGCAGAGAAUGUGGGGAGCGCUGUUAAACAGGUGCCUAUGAGGAAACGCCAACUACCAGCCUCAUUUUGGGAGGAACCUAAGUUGACCCCAACAAAGAGGGAGCACUCACAUUUGGGAAUAAAAAGGAACCAUGCAGGCACUUCUGAGGGCAGUGAAAAUGAAAAGCGGAAAAGGAGUUACGAUAAGGAUGAUACAAAGGCCACUCUGUCGACGUCCAGUCGGCGCAGCUCUGUGGAUAAAGAGACGCUGAAAUUGGACCUGACCUCUCAUCACUGUGUGAAUGUGUGCGGCUGCUGCCCCUUCCAGUACCACGGACACCAGGUCCUCCACAGUCACAUUGUGGUCCCACAUCCGCCACUGGGACUGUGGAGUAAAGCAGCAGAGACAGAGAGAGCUGAGCAUCCUUAUGGACAGAAACUCCACACGCACGUUGUGGUCAAACCCAUACCGACCAAACCCACCAUCCAGUCACCAAUCUUCAGUGUGUUUGGAUUCAUUUAAUUACCCUUCUAAUGGAGCAGUUGCACAACAAAUGUGUAAAUAGGACUAACUAUGUUCAUGUUGCAUUCUACAAAGCCAACUCUUCAUCUUUCAACAUUUGUACACAAGACACUUCCUCAAGCAC